UUGGACAUCGCCCGUCAAAUGAAAUUAGUCAAAAUUCAAAGUUUUAACAGUGAAUUUCAACACUGCACAGAAAAGAUGUAUUAUUUCAUUCUAUUAUUCGGCAUUCUUUCUGUGUCCUUGACUCAAUCGUUCAAUGUCGAUGAUGACUACGAGGUGGUGCCAAUUCGUUACAAAAGACAAGCGAACAACAGAUUAACAAUUCAAAUGCAGAAAAGACGUCAAAUGGUUCAAUUUUAUUUGUAUCCUACUGAUAGUUUAUUAGCAGGAACAAAAACGAAAGUUUAUACUGCCGAGAAUAUAAAGAACAGAAUACAUCUUAGACGAGUAGCGACGGAUAAAUUAUAUUUAAAAUUUUAUCAAAAUCGACGUACUCAUUCAUCAGUUACACAGAGUUUCCAUAAAAAUGGCAAAACCAAAUUUACUGGAAACAUCAAGAACAUAAUUUUACGUCCCAUGCCCAAUCAUAUUCGCCAACGUCGCGAUCUGUUGAAUAGAAAUUCAUCAUUUUUUGAAACUGAUGCUGAAGGUUUCAUAAAUACUGAUGAUCAUAUAAUUUAUGAAAAAUCUUUUAAUGAUUCUAGCCCACAUUCUUCUCCUAACGUGUUCGAUGAUAAAUUUAUGAAAAUUAAGAGUGUGAACCGAAGGGAUGUAUCAAAAGCACCAAAUAUAGUCUAUCCAGAAAUUUUGGUUUAUGUUGACGAAAUACUUUUCAAAAAACAUAAUUAUAAUGUGCAGAAAGCGGUAGAAUAUACUUUAAGUUACUGGAAUGGAGUUGAUUUAAGAUACAGACAAUUUCAAAAGCCAAAGAUUCGCCUCUAUAUUGCCGGAAUAGUAUUAAUUAAGAAUACACUGCCGUUUGUCCACAAAACUUUACUUUCCAACGGAUUGUAUAAUGCGGAGUUAUUAUUACAAGAAUUUGCUAAAUUUUUGUAUAAAAACACGUUCAACAUUCAACCAAAGAAGGAUUUCGAUAUAUCUAUGUAUAUGAGUGGAAAACUAUUGUAUACGAUGAAUGAAAAUAGAAAAGCAACAGGUUAUGCUUAUAUUGGAUCACCAUGCUAUUUUGAGAAUCAGGGAAAUUCUCGUGGAAGGUACAUGUCUUCUGGAGUGAUUACCGAUGAAAAUGAAUAUAAAUACCUUUUAUCUGGUGCUCACGAAUUAGGUCACAUCCUUGGUGCACCACAUGAUGAGGAAUAUUCAAACUACAAUGGUCCUUCUAAUACUAUGCGUUGCCUUAAUAAGAAAGGUUACAUCAUGAGUUACAAUAAAUAUAAUAGAAACAAGAUUUUUUUUUCUCCUUGUUCUGUAAAAGCUAUAGUUCAUACCUUAAGUCAAGAUUUUACAAAAUGCCUUCGAAAUAAUCCAGCAGUAUAUAAAGAUAACUAUCCACUACGGAGAUUAUUACCCGGUCAAAUAAUGUCUUUAGAUGAACAAUGCAAAAAAAUGGGAUUCUAUCAAUGUGCACAUAAAAAGACAACUUGUUUACUCUUAGUCUGCAGCAGUAGAAAUAAGUAUGGACAAUUGAAAGACUUUUCACAUAUGAAUCCUCCAGCGGAGGGAUCUAAUUGUGCUCCUGGCAGGUACUGUAUAGCAGGACAAUGUGAAUUUAAAGUAUAAAAGAAAAAAGCGAAGGGAUAAAUAUGGACGCAAAGUGUUGUAUUAUAUUAUGUACAUCCGUGUAAAGACAUUUAUUACCAAAAAGGAUAGAAAUUCGUGUAAUAAUCACCAUACGCAACAACUUUUCGAAUGAGAAUGUAUUAGAAGCAUAAGGGCACUGUCUUGCAAAAUUGUUGAUAUUUCAUUAACUAAUUAUGAUAAAACAUUGAUAAAUUGUUAGAAAAUGUGAGGUUAGAAAUGACAUCACCGUUUGAAUUUUUCAAUAACUUCUAAUUAUUUUAACAAACAGUUGUUUUCGUCUUUCAUCGACUUUACAUACAUGAAAAUACUAAGAACAUUUUGCAAAAAGUUUUAGAGCAUACCUGAUGAUAAUUUGUUUAAAAAUUUAAUUAAAUUUUUUUGUUUUGUUUUAUUUUUCAAAAUAAAAAGUUUUUUGGCUAAA